AGAGGCUUGGCGCCAGCUGAUCAGCUGAGAUCCCGGUGAAAGGAGGUCGGUGUGUGUUGUGUGAUCGAAAGUUUCUCAUUCCUGAAUAAUGUCCAGAAGAAGUGGUCGUCUACAAGCAAGAAAUGGUAAUGCCGAUACGGAAAACCAAUGUCCAUCUGGAAUUGCUGUAAGAAAGCGAAAAGCUGAGGAAAUAAAGGUACCGCAAGAACAUCUACAGGACACAAAGAGACACAACUAUGAGAUCCAGAGCUGCUGGUCACAGAUAACGGCUGGAGCGACUACCCCAUGUGUUCUUAUUGAAACUCCACAAAAGGAAUCUCCUGACACGCCUGAUGUCUCAAGAUUUACGCGAUACCGCUUCCAGAAUCUCUUCAUAACUCCAUCUCCAUUACCAGACCUCAGUUGGGGCAACUCAAAAGAUGUGUGGCUUAAGCUGCUAAACAAAGAGAACAAAUACAUCCACUCAAGCCAGAUGCUUCAACCGCACAGUGCACUAACUCCUGACAUGCGCUCUAUUCUAUUGGACUGGCUAAUAGAGGUUUCAGAAGUUUAUUCGCUGCACAGAGAAACCUUUUACCUGGCUCAAGAUUUCUUCGACAGAUUUAUGUUAACCCAGACGUCUAUCAGCAAAGGCAUGCUCCAGCUUAUUGGGGUGACAUGCUUAUUCAUUGCUUCAAAAAUAGAGGAAAUAUAUCCUCCUAAACUUCAUGAGUUUGCCUAUGUUACUGAUGGGGCUUGCAGUGAGGAAGAUAUUAUUCAAAUUGAACUCAUUAUACUGAAGGCUCUAAAAUGGGAACUUGGUCCCAUGACUGCAGCUGGCUGGUUAAAUCUUUAUCUUCAAGUCUCAUCUCUGAAAGAGUCCCCUAAGCUUCUUCUACCUCAGUAUUCACAGGAAAAAUUCAUCCAAAUAGCACAGCUUCUAGAUCUGUGCAUCCUCCAUAUUACCUCUCUGGAUUUCCAGUAUAGGAUUCUGGCAGCUGCAGCUUUAUACCACUUUACUUCAAUGGAAGUAGUAGCAAAGGCAACAGGUCUGAAUUGGGAAGAAAUUUCUCAAUCAGUCUGCUGGAUGAGCCCGUUUGCAAAAGUGGUGAAGAGAAACCCACCAGUAAAACUGAAAGCAUUUAAGAAGGUUUCUGCAGAAGAUCGACACAACAUCCAAACUCACUUGGACUACCUUGACAUGCUGGAAAAUGUCAAGGUGAGAGCUGAACCAGUGGUGGUAGAAGAACAGUCUCCUAUGGUGGUUGCUGGCAUUCUAACUCCCCCUAAGAGUACAGAGAAGACUCAGAUUUUAUAAUGGAGAUUGAUCCAUUGGCAUAGUUGAUGUGGGUCUCCUGGACAUCAUCCUGCGUGCAUUGGAGCUGGAACAAGCUUUAUUUCAACUUGACUUCAUUUAUCUUGCAAGCACUGUUGCCUAAGUGCUUGUGUAUGUCGUUUACUAACUUAUUUAUUAUCCGGAUCUACACAGGCAGCUUGCAAUUUUACUAGAACACAGUUUCUAGAUCGGAAGAACCUUUACUGCUCUAUUCAGCUGGUUUAUCAAGUAUUAUAUAUCCUUACUCCUAAGGAGAUUGCUAUAGGAAGCUCAAACUUAUGUUGUUAUACAUAAGGAGGGACCAUACAAUGCCAUCUGGGUGUUACAAUUUUCACAAUGCAGCUAUUUCAUCAGACCCCUUUCCUUGUGCUGUGUGUAGAUCACAGGUGGCAACUGCUCCAAGGUUUCCAUCAAUGCAUGGUUUUAGAUAUUUUACACACGCGAUAACUGGUGCUUUUAUGUAGGGGAAGUCUGCCUCCAUCAUCCAAUGUAGGGAAGGCCCUACCCUGCUGUUUAAAAAGUUACGUGUGGAUUGUUUUAACUGUUAAGGUGCCUAAAAAAUGUUUUCUAAUAUGAGCGUUAUGUCAAUCUCCCCUUCCCCAGUGUGCAGAUGAUCAGGACUGCUACUCUGGGAAGAGCAGUGAUCAGACAUCUGCAUAGACAGUGAGUGUUGUUGGGUGAUUGCAAUAAAUUGUAAGAUUAUUGCGCUGAUAUUUAACAUGCUACUGUGGGAGGAGAGAUUGGGCUUCCGCUAGCCUUGCUUUUAAAGAAAAAAAAAAAAUUAAUACAUUUGAACUGUGCUGUGCCUGAAUAACCUAUGUAUUGGGUCCUGCAUCACUCCAAUGCUACUUGACAGAGCCAGAAGCAUGAGCCCAGGAGAGGGUGCCAUAUGUUUGUAUACAUCAUGGGCUCAUGCUGCUGGCACAGAUAAAAAAAAAAAAAAAAAAGUGUCUGGUAAGGGUGGUAAUCUUCCUACUGAAUUGUAGUUUUUAUUUUUUGGCGGCAGAGGUUUUUGGACAAAUGGGCCCUUUUCACACAGGGUCUGCAAGUUCAGUGUGGGAUCUCUCUGCUGAGCAGGCGCAGGAUGGGUCCAUGUCCGCUCUACACAGCCCACUGUCCUUGAUGGGGCAAUUGGAUCCAUCAGGAGGCUGGGGAAUAGGUCCCCCAUCCGUCCUGGUUUUGGCAGACAAAAUUGGAUGGUGAUGGGUGUCAGCGGACAUGUCUAUUGCCAGCUCCAUAAAAGACUGGAGGGUCCAAUCUAGUCCCUGUGAAAAACUGACCAGCUGAUUGGAUUGCCUGUGUGAAAAGGUGCCUUUAUUAUUUCAAGUGCAAAAGAAAACUGAUCCUGUCAGAAAACCAAUGUGCUUGUAACUGCCUUUGCUGCAAUGAAAACAGUUAUAAAACCCGUUUAGAUCCCUUUUAAACUACAACAAACUUUGCUCUGGGAUGGAGGUGAAAGUAUUUUCUAGUCUUAACAUCUUAUCCUAUAAUGCCAAUACUGUUGAGUGUUGUAGUACAAGAAGUACCAAGCCUAUUAAAAGGGAAAAAAAAAAGAAAAGCCACACAAACUGCAAUAUGUCGAGCAUUUGCAGGCUGUACUAUACAUGGGGAAGGGGGAGAUUUACUUAAACUGAAGUGCUCAAAAUCUGGUAUCUGGUUCAUGGUAGCCAAUCAGCUUCUAGAUUGUUCAGUUAAGCUUUGAUAAUAAAACCUGAAAGCCGAUUGGUUUGGUUUCUAUGCAGAGCUGCACCAGAUUUAGCAUUCUCCAGUUUUAGUAAAUGUGCGUGCCUCCCUUAAUGUUUUUUGGUUUACAUACCUUAGGCACACUGAUUUUUAUCUUGCCGUUUAUUUCACCUUAUGCUUUAUUUAUAGAUCAGAUGUGAUCUGUCAGGUCCAAAAACAUUAGGGUUUCUUCAAACUGUGUCUGAAUGAUAUUGUUGUCCAUGUGUUGGAAUUCUCCAACGGCUAUAAAUGGUGCUUUCAGCUGCAGCUACCUAUUUUAGUCUUACGGUUUAGCUGUAGGUGUCGCGUGGCAUCCUUUACAUUGACUGACUGAUGUGUAAACAUGGCCUUCUAUGGGUUAUUAAUACAUGCAGACCCUAUAGGAGUAUAUGUAGUGAUCUGUAAUCUGGGUUUCUAACCCAUCUAUAAAAUGGUAAAGCAAGGUUUGUUAAUUUCAGGUGCAUUAUAUGCAAAAAAACAAACAAACUCAAACAUGCAAUUUACAACUGCCAAGUGUCUUAUUUCACUGUUGGGGGGGGGGGGGUGUGUAAAGAUGUGCUUCUCCACAGUGGUGUCAGUGCAUUUAGUUUACUAAAUCUGGUGUAGCUCUGCAUAGAAAUCAAUCUGCUGUGCAGGUUUUUUUUUUUUGGCUACCAUGAAGAGCUGUACCAGAUUCUGCACUCUGCAGUUUUUAGUAAAUCAACCCCCUGGUACUUUAAAAAGGGCCAAAUUGUUGUCUAGCUCAGACUUUUGCAACCCUUGACCAAGGCCACUAAUGAAAAUUUGUAUAGAAUGCUACACAUACAGCAUCGAGAUGAUGCUAAAAAAAAAA